GCCAUUUCGUGAUUUUCCACCGACACCAUCAUGUUGCGUGCGGCGGUGAUCAAGCGAGCGUUCAUGCCACGGUUUGCUCGGCAUCAUGCGUCGUCGUCCUCGGAGUUCGCAGACCUCACGACGAACCUCACAUACGUCAACGACGAAGAAGAAGCGUAUACGCGUGCGUCGACCAAUAUGAAGAAGUUCCUGCCGCCCUUGCGGACGGGCAAGAAAGGCAUUGAUCUCAUUCACGACCCACUGUUCAACAAAGGCACGGGAUACAAGCACGCCGAACGGGAUCGGUUAGGUCUCCGCGGCCUCGUCCCGCCUCGCCGCCUCAACAUGAAGUUACAGCUGGAAAAACUAUACUCGUUGUACCAAGAAGAGGAAAACCCCCUCCGCAAGAACAUAUUCUUGUCGGAGCUGCAGAACCGCAACGAAACGCUCUUCUUUCGCCUCCUCAUCGACUAUAUUGAGGAAAUGGCUCCCGUCGUGUACACCCCCACCGUGGGCCUUGUGUGUCAAAAAUUCGGCAGCAUCUUUCGCCGAUCCCGCGGCAUGUACUUUAGCGCCGAAGACAAGUCCCAAUUUGGUUCCAUGGUGUACAACUGGCCCUGCGACGACGUGCAAGUGAUUGUCGUCACGGAUGGCAGUCGCAUUUUGGGUCUUGGCGAUUUGGGCGUGAAUGGCAUGGGCAUCCCCAUCGGCAAACUGGCGCUGUACACGGCGGCCGGCGGCAUCGACCCUCGCAAAGUGCUCCCAGUGGUGCUCGACUUGGGCACCAACAACGAAACGUACCUCAAGGAUCCGUACUACCUCGGCAUGCAGCACCGCCGUCUCGAAGGCGAAGCAUUCUACAGCGUCGUGGACGAGUUUAUGCGUGCGGUGCGCCAUCGGUGGCCCAAGGCGCUUGUGCAGUUUGAAGACUUUUCCAGUGAUCAUGCGGCGGACGUGCUACAUGCGUAUCGGUUGAAGCAACUGUGUUUCAAUGACGACAUCCAAGGCACGGGCGCGACCGUGUUGGCCGGCGCGCUCUCGGCCUGUCUUCGGGUCAACACGCCGUUGAAAGAGCAGCGCAUUCUCGUCCUCGGCGCGGGCAGUGCUGGUCUCGGUGUGUCCACGACGUUGCUCCAAGGCAUGCUGCAAGAAGGCGCCAAGCUCGACGACGCCCGCAAGCGGUUUUACGUGUUUGACCAAUUCGGGCUCCUUGGAGAAUCCAGGACAGACCUCACGUCUGGGCAGCAGUUCUUUGCCCGCCCCGACCUCACGGACAAGACAUCCUUGCUGGACGUGAUCAAGCAAGUAAAACCCACGAUGAUCCUUGGGCUCAGCGCGGCGCGUGGCGCGUUCACAGAGGAAUGCAUCCGCGAAAUGGCCAAGCACGUGGAGAUGCCGAUCGUGUUCCCGCUGUCCAACCCGACGUCUGUCGCCGAGUGCACGGCGCAACAAGCGUACGACUGGACCGACGGCCGCGUCGUGUUUGCCAGUGGGUCUCCGUUUGCACCGGUAACGUACAACGGCCACGAGUACGUGGUGAGCCAGUGCAACAACAUGUUUAUCUUCCCCGGUGUGGGUCUCGGCGCGGUCGUGUGCGGCGCGACCCGCGUGACGGACCGCAUGUUGUACGUGGCCGCGCAAGCAUUGGCGACGUGCAUGACCCCCGAAGAGAUUGCCAAGGGUCAAGUGUUUCCCAGUGUCAAGCAGAUCCGAAAAGUGUCGCUCAAGGUGGCGACGGCGGUGGUCCAGUGUGCCGUGGACGACGGCCUAGCGUUGAGCCCACCUGUGCUCCGCAAGGGCGCAAAUUUGGAGGAGUUCGUCGCGUCCAAGAUGUACCUCCCCAUCUACCGCGCGCUCGUGGAAUAGGGACAACAACGUAAUAGAACAUUCCAUGGACUGCUGCUUGAAUGA